CAGGAGAAACAGAAAAAAACACUACUGGAAAGAAAUGCGUUUUUCAAUUAUCAUUCUCCCUUUGGUUACAGUAUUGCAGCAAUCUAUAGGAGAGGAUCAUUUCAAAGGCUUUGGUAAGAUGAAUCCAGAAAAGCAGAAGGAAAUUCUUGAUGAACACAACACCAUCAGGAGAGGGGUUCAGCCAACUGCCAGCAAUAUGUUGAAAAUGACAUGGAGCGAGAAAGCUGCUGAGAGUGCUCGACGAAGGGCUACAAAAUGCCUACCUAUAGUCAGUCCCAGAAAGGAGCGAACUGUGGAUGGUGUUCUCUGUAGUGAGAAUGUAUUGCACACAGAGAGUGCUACCUCCUGGCCAAAUGUGAUCAAAGUGUGGCAGCGGAAAGAAUCUAACUUCCAGUAUGGUAUUGGGGUACUUGACCCAGAGAAAGAUGUGUUUAGCUAUACUCAGCUCAUUUGGUAUAGCUCACACCUGGUUGGAUGUGCUUCUGCUUACUGCACAGGAACUCCAUAUCCUUUUAUCCAUAUCUGUCAGUAUUGCCCUGCGGGGAACUUUGUACACCAAUUGCAAACGCCCUACGCAGAAGGUCCACCAUGUGGAGACUGUCCUCACAACUGUGAGGAUAAACUUUGCACCAACCCCUGCAAGCAUAUGGAUAAGAAAACAGACUGCAAAACCAUAAUAAAAUUGUUCAGCUGUGAAACACCAUUUCUUGAGCAAUGUCGAGCCACCUGUGAAUGUGAAACAAAAAUUAAGUAAAAUACAGAUCAGGAACCUAAAAUCAAAAGACAGCAAUUGUUAAUGAAACUGGAUGGAAAUGCAGAAUGGAAAGAAACAUCCUAGAAUGUGUUGUUUGAAAUCAUUUUGUUGUUGUAAAAGCAGACUGAUAUCCUUUGUUUGUUUUUAUAAAAGAUAUAGAUAUACUCAGUAUAUAUUUAAAGAGAGUAAGAUCAAUUUAUCAACCACUGUUUCUGCAUUGUUUCUCUUUAUUGAUUGUUCUGUGCUUGGAAAGAUUUGGAACACUACAAAUUUAAACAUUUACAUUUUGCAAAGUGAUCAUUUGACCUCUAUAUUUUGACUUCACUUUAGACAUCAGUUAUGAACACAAAAACAAUGCAUCUGUAUGUUGUGCAAACUAAUACUGGGCUAAAUCCAGCUGUUAGUCCCAGCUAAGGUAGACCUUUGAAUUAAUGAGAUGACUUACUGAGCAAGAUCUGUUCAUUCACUGGAUCUGCUCUAGUUGGGACUAAUACUUGAAUUUGGCCCACCAAAUAUUCUUCAGUAGGCUAGAUCUUACUUCUCACUUUUACAACUGCUUCAGGUUGUAUGUGACUUACAUCUCUCAUGUCUGAUUAGUCACAGUGGCUUGAAUCCUACUGAUGAUUUAUGCAUGUGUAAAUGAAAUUAUGUAAACUGCAGCAGCAAUUGCCUAGUGUGCCUGGGCAUGCAAAGAGGAAUACAACCAACAUCAUGUCAAUUAGUGGCAAUUUGCUAUCAUUAUAUGCAUGACUCCUUGUGCUGGCAUGCAGUGUGAUUUGUGUGAGGUGCAAACCUAGAAAAAGUGACUAAAAAUAAAGUUCUGCUGUAUGCAAGUACCUGAUCCAUCAAAACCGCAU